GAAAAUAUUUUUUCAAUCACUAGGAGCAGCAGCCUAAACAAUUAAAGGAUUUUUUGCUGGUCAAAUAAAAUUGUUUAUUUAUUCAAUUCUUAAACUCUUUUUCUACUUACCACGGGCAAAUUAAAGUUUAAAAAUUAGGGUUUAAUAAAAAAAAACAUAAAUUUAAGCGAAAAGUGAAUGAAUGUGAAGUGUUUUUUGGCUAAAAUAAUCACACCACAAAAAGGAAAAACAUCGAUUUUUCUCAAGUAUAAAGAAAGAAUAAAUUGUGACCGGCUGGUCAUUUAGGAACGCAGACAGGACUAGGCUGUUAUACUACGAACAUCAGUUUUUUAAUAAUUUGAGAAAGGGAGAAAUGAGUGAAGAGGAAAGUGAAAAAAUUGUUUUGGACUUGUCCAAAAAACAGCUGAAAAAAGUGCCAAAACAAGAAGAAGCCCAAAAUGUACGUGUUCUUCUCUUAGAUGAAAAUGAAUUACAAAAAAUUGAUAAUAUCGAUUCAUAUUUGAAAAUAGAAAAGCUUUCCUUAAGUAAAAAUCAAUUGCUACGCAUGUAUGGCAUAUGUCGUCUACAUUGCUUGAGAGAAUUAAAUCUUUCGUUCAAUGGAAUUUUAUCAAUUGAAGGUUUAAAGGAUUGCACCCACUUGCGAAUUUUGAAUUUGGAGGGAAAUAAUAUCAAAAACAUCGAACAUUUAAAUACCAACACAAAAUUGGAAUAUUUGAAUUUGGCCGAGAAUAGUAUUGGCAGCAUAUCGGAUAUAUCGUUUCUGAAAUGUCUUAAGGAACUCUUUUUGCAUGGAAAUCGUUUGACACAUUUAAGGCAAUGUGACAAAUACUUACCUCAGUCUUUGGAAGUUUUGACUUUGGCCAAAAAUAAUAUAAGUGACUUAAAUGAAAUAUGUACACUGGCGCAUUUGAAUAAUUUAAAUAGCCUUACCAUAAGCGAAAAUCCUUGUGUUUCGAUGACCGCCGGAGCAGAUGGAUUUGAUCAUAGACCAUUUGUUCUAAAUUGGUGUUUGAGCUUAAAGGUUAUCGAUGGAUUUGUGGUUGAUCCAAUUGAGAGUCUGAAGGCUGAAUGGCUUUACAGUCAAGGGCGAGGUAGGAGUUUCCGUUUGGGAGAGCAGGCAGCCUUGGCAAAAUAUUUAAGCUCAGUUUGCCCUUUGAUUGGAAAAGCAUUGGAAAAUGAAAAUGAACGCAAAUUACGUUUGAUACUGAGCAAGGCUCAACAUCAUCAACGCCAACUGCAGGAAGAAAUAUCAGAAAACUCAAAUGCUUCGGCGAAUAAUUCUCCAUCUUCGGGGCGAAAGAAGCCCGCAAGUCGAAUACAAUCACCAAGAUUUUCACGCUUAAGUGGUCGCCAAGGUUCGCCAGACUCAAUGGUUAACAGCUAUCAUGGCAAUACAGCCAAUGAUCGUAACGAUGUUAAUAAUACAAAUCAUGCUACCCAAAUGACAACAUCACUUAUAGAAAAUGUCAAGAACUGCGAUUCAAUAAUGACACAAAGUUUGGAAGGAUCAAAUAGCAAUAACUCAAAUGCAAAGAUGAACAAUUCACAGGAGUCCACACCUCGUACGAUUACUCCAAAUCCGUAUAAUGAACAAUCGUACAUAAAUCAGCCAUUAAGUGGUGGACCACUAGCCACUGCAUCAAAAAUGGUGCCUGUACCCGAGACACUUAUGAGUCCAGAUGUUUGUCCUGCUUCAGUGGCCCAGAGGGUAACAGUUUCUGCAAUUAAUACUCAAAUACAACAAACAAAAACUAACAAAAAUAAAGAUAAUCGUUUAAAUUCACCAAAAAUGCGAAGUCCUCACUUGAAACGCAAUACUUCGGAACGCAGUCCAACAAUGAGUCCAAGAAAAUCUAAUAGUGUCGCCAACAAUUCCAAUAUUCAUCAACAAAUGUCCAAUACAAAAAUGCUUUUGAAUCAGCAACAACAUAUGGAACAACAUCAGAUAAAGUCAAGGCAAUUUGUAACAAAUUCCAUGCAUGUUGCAGCCCCCGAUGAUUGUUCAGCAGGUGGCAGUUCUGACGAUGACAGCGAUAACAUCAAUGUGGAUAAAUUGAAAACCAUACGCAACAAAGCCGCUCAGAGAUGCCAACAGAUGAAACAGAAUAUGGAUAAUUCUAGUUUGAAUUGUAGUCAAGACACUGAAUCAUCAGCUGUGGUAAUACAAAAGAUAUGGCGUGGUUAUCGUACACGCAAAAAAACUAAGGAUAUUGCGGAAAAAUUACUUAAGCGAAGAACCCAUGAAUACAUUGACAAACUGACCAAGGAUAUGGAAAUGACAAAGGCCCAACUUGAAAAUGAACGAAAAAUUCAGCAGUUGCAAAUGCAGGCCAUUAAUGCUCUUUGGAAAAAGGUUUCUUCGAUGCAAAGUACAGUUGCUGCUACCAACGCAACAGCAGCGAAUGUAGAUGUUACCCACGGAGACCAACCAGCCGUUGGGACAUCAUCUGGCAAUAUGGUAGUGACACAACCGAAUACAUUAUGUUUAGAUAAUAGUUCAACGACAGUGGUAAAUGACUUGGCCAAGACAUGUGGAAUGCUAACAAAUCAGGUACAACAACUGCAGGGUUCAAUGAGGGAUAUUUUAAAUUGCCUCACAUUGUUCUGCAACUUACCGCAGGAGAAUGUAAAACGCCUCUUGACGGCAGGUGUGGCCGAGGCAUUGUCUCAAACAACAAAUCAAGUCAAUAACUCGAACUGCAGCGAGAAAAAAGACUCAGCAGCUACUCAAACAGAAAUUGUUGCCGUGCACACUCCCCAAAUGGAAAAUCAAAAUAAUUUCCCAUUUACAAAGGUGCGUCCCUCUACUCUAGCCUUGAUAGAAGCUCAAAAUGCAAAUGCAAUAAAUAACAGCAGUGCUCCAGUGAUUCCCAGUACUACAGUGACUGCGACAAACACAGAUGCGGACCAACCAUUAGAGACUCCAACUAACCACAAAAGACAGCUGCCGCCCGAUGAAAGUGGGGUAUGCAGCGACGAUGUACGGUCAAACGAUUCUGUUUCAUUUUCCGAGAAACAAGAUGAAGAUGAAAAACAUAAUAUGCAUUCGAAAUCCAGUGGCUAAAUUUCAAAGUCCGAAAUAGGGAAUUUUAAACGUGAUAUUCUACUGUUUCAUUUUUUCGUAAAAGCAUUGCGUUACAUUACCGACUCGAUAAUUGUGUCACACCGCAUUACGAGUUCCCCCCUAGUAGUUAUAUAUACAUACUAAGAAUAUGGUCCCAUUGGUACAUAGAUUUAUGUAUCGUGUAGAAUAUUAAACAUUAUCAUUUUAUUCUUGUAUGAGACAACAAAACAUUCCCUUGUCCAAUGUAAACACGCACUCAUUCACUUACACUCUCUCAGGCCUCCUAGUCAUUUGUUCUUUGUGUCUUUCUCACCAAAGGCUUAAAUAAGAUCUCAUAGUAUUUUUACAUAAAAAAAAAACAAAUUCACAAAAUAUACUGGAAUAGCGACAGUAAUUAGUAUUAUUAGGAUUAUAGCUUUUGCAUCUCAUAGUAAAUCAUAGUAAUGAAAGAAAAACAAAAAGAAAAAAUCAAAUGUUAUUACCACUCUCCUUCACUUGAAACUAAAAGAUGAAAUUUACAACCACCAACUGUUUAGUCACUAAGGAGAAUUUAAAAAGAAGUCUCUGCUGCCACCAUCACCACCAACACAAAACAUUUUAAUACAAUACAAUAUAACGAAUAAGUUUGCAAUUUCAAUGUUUUCGAUUAAAAUCAGCAUGGGCUAAAUUUAAAUACUCACAAAAUGGAUACACGAGCAUCUUCAGUUGAUUUAUAUCUAAACAUAUUUUAUGCAAACUAUAUAAACUCAACACCGGAAAAUAAGCAGCCAAAUAACCGAUACACUCCAUCCAGUUCACCCAGUCAUAUUCUAAUCGUAACAGAAACAACGAAACUUUAAAACAUUUUUGUUCGUUUUUCAAUAAUGAUGAUACGCAAUCAAGAUAUGUCUAAUUUCGAAUUUUUCCAAUCAUUCCAGUUUUAUUUUAGAAUUAUGUAUAUCAAUCGAAUAUAUUUAUUUUUUAUUAAAUCUCUAUCUAGAUUGUAAGAUAUACAUAUAUAUUAAAAAACCCAACAAAAUAUACACACAAAAUUACACAUUUUUAAUUUUGAAAAUUUGCAAAUUCCAGUGAAAAAUAAAAUUGAUGCAGCUUUAAUAAAAAAACA